UGGGAAAACCCACAAGUUAUAAAUAGUGCUUACGUCGUUACAUGGCGUAAUUUGAAUUUUAUGUAUUUGCAUUCCAGUUUCUCUAUUCUUAGAACUCAAAAACUGUAAAGAUUCACUGUAAUUGCUGGUGUGUGUGUGUGAAAUAGCUUUAUUUAACGUCUACUUCCACCGAAAUGAUAUCGCCUGGUGUAAACCUUAUAGCUUAAACCAAAUACAUGUAGGCUAAUUAUAAACUGAAUCAUUUCUAAAGAGAGCUCCAGGAAAAUAGUUCUUCGCGGAGAAUAAUAAUAUGCUGGAUCUGAAACCACCUUUUCUCUUACUUCUGUUAUUUCUCCUUCUUAAAGUAACAAAUGGACAAGACAAUGGCAAAUGGUCCACUACAACAAGUACAGAGAUAUCAACAGUUGUUGGUUGCAAGGUAGAAAUGGAAUGGGUUAAUGCAGGUCCUGUUGAUGAAUUCGCAAUUUAUAAAAACCAGGAGCACAUAUUGUCCUUUGAAUCUGGUGUGUCACACAAGCGUAUUGGAAAUGAGAGAUUAAGGAUUAAUCAGCUAAAACGCAGAAAUGGAGAAUUAAUUACUCUAACUAUAAACAAUGUUGAAACCAAUGAUAACGGAAUUUAUACAUGUAAACUUUUACCAUCUAACCAAGCUAAAAAUGUUACACUCAAAGUAACAGAAUUGAAGUGGAAAACAGGAAAAGAAAUAAAAGCUGUAAACCCCUGGACACCAGUUCCGAUGAGUUGGGAGUAUAUAGAUUCCUCAGGUACUGGUAUGGUUACUGCAGUAAGAAGAAUGCCAGGAAAUUCAGAUUGGGCAGAACCGUUGGCACGUUGGGAAAACAGUUUUCUUGUUCAAGUUAAUGAUCAACUGAGAAGUAGAUUAGAAGUGGCCAAUUUUACAACAACUGCUACUGGCAAUAAGAGAACAUCAAUGGUAUUGAAAGAUGUAACCAGAGAUGAUCUUUCUUACCAAUAUCAACUAUUAUUGGAAUUUGGAAAGUGUCAGAAAUAUUCUGAACCAAUAGAAUUAAUACCUGAAAAAUGUGAGGCUGUGCCUGAGUGUUCGAUGACAGUAAGAAAUGUGUUGAUAAUUUUUGUUGUUCUACUCCUACUGGCUCUAAUUAUGAUAAUCAUUUUCUUAUGUAUAUUACGAAGACGUUUAAUUCAUGGUAUUGCAGUAGCACUAAAGUCAAAAGAGACACCAAUAGAUUCAGCGUUACCAUUAGUUCCAGAGAAUGGGAAUGCUUCUAGUACUAAAAAUGGUACAUUUGGGAGCGAUGGCAUGGAUGAAAGUAAAGUAAAGUCAAAAGAGACACCAUUAGAUUCAGCGUCACCAUUAGUUCCAGAUAAUGGGAAUGCUUCUAGUACUAAAAAUGGUACAGUUGGGAACGAUGGCAAGGAUGAAAGUAAAUCUUAUAACAUGGAGUGAAACUGUUGAAAAGGCCAAAUCUUCCAGCUGUGAAUCAUCAAGGUAAUAUUUCUAGAAAGUAAGAUAAAAUUCAUUUGAGAAGGACUAAUGAUAUAAUUCAAAUGAUCCUAGGCAUUUUGAAAACAAAAUCAUUGGAGAGAGUGAAUUCCUGACAUAUUUCAGAAAACAAGUAAUCAGAGUUUAGAAUAGUACUGUAUUUUGUUUAUUUUUGGACAUCUGUGGCUCUACUGAGACUUGAAAAUAAUUUUGUGAUAAAAAGAAAGAUUUUUGUUGUUAUUUAACAAGUUUUAUAUUUGUUACAAAUGAGUGAUAUAUAUGCUUUAAUUGUACAUAGUCUUCGUUAAAUUUCAUUUAUUAUUUAUGAAAUUUUAUAUCUGGUAUUCUGGUGGUUGAUACAGCUUCGCUUAUUAUUAUUUGAUUUGGCAGGGUAUCACAGAUUGGCUCAGUUCAUUGUGGAUAUGGGAGACUGUACACUUGAAUCCCCCCCCCCCCCUUAAAGUGUCCUGCUAAUGAUUAAAAAUCGGUGAAGAGGUUACUCUGAGAUUAUCAAGGUGCUGUAAAUGCAUACAUAUUCUGUAGCAACCAAUACCACUUCUCAAAUGUGAUAAUAUGUAAUGAAUGUAUAUACCUUUUUUACUAGGUAAUUAAAUCCAUUAAUUACAGUCAUUUGAUUUUUUGUAUUUAAGAGGUAUUUUAAAUUUUAUGAUUUGCAUUAGGACUUUUUGUCAUUUCAUUUUUUAUAUUUAAUCAUUGAAAAUAAAUAUAGCUAAGCAUUAUUUUACUUAUGCCAAUCAUACAUCUUCAUAUAUGAAUGUUGAAUAUUUUCAAACAUUAUGUUGUUCUCGCUGAAUUUAUAAGAACAGGGUCUCUUUUACGUUUAGUAUAAAACGGUCCAUGGUAAAAGAUAGCAACACAGCUCACUUCUCUACAAUGAAGAUCCAAUUUACUUUUUAGAAAUGCUUAAAUAAUUCAAAAAAACGUUAUUGAAAAAUCCAAGGACUGACCUAUUUCCUGAAAAAAAAUAUAUAUAUACAUGUAUGUUUCUAUGCGUAAAUUGAGUUAAAAUGGCUGUAUAUGGUUUGACAAUCUAAAAUUUUUAAUUCAAUCUAAUUUGAACAACCCAGAUGUAACCAUAAUACAGAACAAAUAUCAUGAAAAAUCAGGGGGAGGGGGGCCAAUUGAUGAAGACAGCUUCAACACUGUUUCCUGUUUAAACUAGUAAAACUUACCGGUACUAAAAAAGACCGAUUCCAAAUAAUGUUUUUGAAUGGAAAAUGGAGAUCUCACUGUUAAGUUGCGUUUAAAGGGGCAUUACUUAAGAUGAGGCAAAAAGCGGGAAAUUCUUGCUAUGAUAGUUAAAAAUAAAUAAUGAAAACAGAAUAUGUGGAAAAUGUCAGUCAAAUUGCCCCUCUCUGAACCAAGAUAUUAGCUAUUCAAUUUUCGGCUAACCUCGAUCAUCAUCACUGCCAUUCGUACCAUAAUAAACAAAGUCUUCAUUAUCCCUUUUUAUGUUAAAUUAUCCAUCACAAAACGUAUUCAAAUCCACAUGCUAACGAUGGCAUAGAGAGUUGAUUAUGAUCUUGAUAAUUUAAUUAAUGUCUAAUUAAUAAUUUAGAUAACAUUUAAGGUAUAAAGAAAGACCUGCAAUAGGCAGAUUUAGCUCUUGCAUAAUGCAUGUUUAAAUAAGCAUUUUAGUUUUACAAUAAUCAAAGAUUUCCUGUCCAUUUUUAAUAAUUCAUUUUAUUGACUGCCAGUUAAUUUAAUUUAUAUUUUUUUUUCUAAGUUAUGUUAAGUAUUAUUUUUUUUUUGUGAAACAUGUUAUCACAUUUAUAUUUUUCUUGUACCUUGAUGGAAUUACAGUAAAUUUUUUCUUUGAUAUAGUCUUCAUCUAUAAGGCAGUUAGAAAUGGAAAGUGCAUAAAUAUUAAAAAUGUACAGUUGCAUGGAUGUUUUAACUUUUAAUUUAUUAGUUUGAAAUAUCUGACCUUUCCAAAAUAUCUGGGACUGAAUCUGAUUAAACUCACAUGGCAAUUACUUUUCAUUUUAUUUUUGAUGUUGUACUAUUGUAUUGACAUCUGGCAUAGUUUCUUUGAAGCUGGUGUGCAGAACACACAUGGAUAAUUUAUAUUUACACAAAUUUUUGAACCAUUCAUAUUUACAUGAAUUUAUGGACCAUUUAAAUUCACAUGAAUUUAUGGACCAUUUAAAUUCACAUGAAUUUAUGGAUCAUUUAAAUUGUAUGCGUAGUUUUCUGGUGGCGACUGUAAGAGUUUUAAAACCAGCUGGUAAUAUAUAACAGUGCCUAAUUGGCUGUGAUAGAAACUAUGUUAAUGUAGGAUAACAAAAACAUAGAAAAAUAAAUGAAAUUAUAACAUAAUUUUAAUGGUGAGACCAAUUUUAGCAUCGGUGAGGAAAGUUAUCUCAAACUAGUUUAUUAUUGAAUAAAAGUUAAUGAAUUACCUUAUUUAGUUAGUAUCAGAUGAAUGCCUAUGCAUUGCCAUGUACACAACCAUGUCUGAUCUUUAUGCUUUGUUCAAGUGUUUAACUACGUUCUAAUUCAGUCAAUGAUUCUGCUGAUACUGUACAUUUAUUUUUUUAUAUAUAUAUAAUAAUCAACUGUUGCUUAUACUCUGUGCAUUAUUGGGUUUUUUUAAUAUACAUGCUUUUUAUAUAUUUUUAUCUUUGAAAAUACUUAAUGUUACUUGAUGAUCAAAAUCAUCAAAUAAAUAUAUGUUUUAAUGUGAUCUAUUGUCUUUGUCUAUGUGAAAUGGUAACCACAAUCAGGCAUUGCAUAUUCAGUUAUAAAGUAUAUCCCAGGGGAAAGCAUGGAGUUAAUCCACUAUUUAGUUAUUUUAACAAUAGAUAGAUUAAAGAUGACAGCUUCCAUCCACUUUUGUCAAUUGGAAGUGAAUAAAAUGACUAAUGUAAAACAAACCAAUUAACUAAAAAAAACUCAUUUGAAAAAAUCAAGAACCCAUAUUGAAAGAUCUGGUAGUGUUGAUGAUUUCACUAACAGAUUCUUGAAACAGGGCACCUAGAGUAUUUAUCUUUCAUUAGAAUUUACAUAUGGACUUUCUCUUUUAAAUAUAUAAAUGGGCAAAUCGCUUCCUUUUAAUGUUAUCAUAUUUUGCAAAUUAUAAUCUCUUAUGAAGUCAAAUUGGGGCAUAUGCUAAAAAUAUUUUACUAUAAAUUUUAGAGUCUUGUGUGAAAAUAAUAUGUACACUUACUUGCACUGUAAAUUUGGUUUCAAAAUAUUUCCUAUGUCCCUGUCAAAAGAUUUAAUUAUUGAUUUUAACACUAAUUCACAAUUACCCUACAAAGUUUGAAAAAUGCAUUAUUACCUGGGUUAUAUUUUUGCAUAUCAAGGUGCAGUUAUUAACUUAAAUUUAACUUGAUUAAACAAACACUGCAUGGGCAUAAUGUACAGCUACCAAUCUCUCUUAGAAAUAAGCUAUGGUAGGAAUAAAGAUGAAUAAUCUACAAAUACGAUGUUCAGUUUGCUAUAUUUGGAUCCCAGUCUUGUACCUGCCAAGGAAUAGGGUUGCCUGUCCUACUUCUUGGGUUUUCACCAUAUGUUAGUCCCGAAAUAACCUAGUUUAUAUCUCCAUGGUAAAUUUCAUCAUUAAGCAUAGUUCCUUAAACAACAGUAUUGGUAGUAUCUGGUAGCAUCCCUUCAAUAUGAUACUGGGACAAUCCAUAUUAUCUUCAUCUUUAUGGAGUAUCCAGGACAUACUCAAACUUACGUAUUCACUAGAAAUUUUGAAAAUUUCCCUUAUACAGCCCCCCCCCACACACACACACACGCACACGCACACACACAAAAAAAUGUGAAUCUGUUCACCAAAAAUGAAUUAUUAUUCUCAUGUAUUGUUCAGGUUAUUUAUUACAUUCAGAUAUUUUUUGGGAACAACAUUAAUUGCUCAAAAUUCAUUAAUUACUCAAAAUUCAUUAAUUGCUCAAAAUUAAAACAGUUUUAAACAUGAAUCAGUUGUGGCUCAUUUAUGAUAUCUUUAUAUGAACUGAUAACAAUAAAAUGUUAUCAAUAUGAUAUACCAGAGUUUUUUUUAUCUGUAUUAACUUUAGCAUUCUGCUGCGGACAAAGUCAAGUGAUAGACGGGGAAAUCGCCAAUUGGCUUUAUCAAUUAAUUUAUCUUCAUGAUUUAAAUAUUUUGCAAUAAAGAAUAUUAUCCACCAACCAUACAACUGGAACAUUUUUAAUUUUCACAUCUGAAACGUAAUUUGUUGCGAUUAAUAUGUGAAUUUGGAUAAUAUUUUUGUCAAAAUGACCUAUUCUUGGAUUAUCUGCCUGGGUUUUAUCUAUUUGUUAACUUUGUGUACAGCCCAGUUAUAUAGUUCUUGUAAUGAUGUAUACAACACAGAGGGUGCCACAACACCUGAUGGGGAGUAUGUUAUAUCUGUGGGUAUUGGUAAAGCUGUUAGUUUCUACUGUUACGGUAUUAAAACAGGGAGACCUCAAACCUAUGUCACAUUAAAAGCUGGAAGACUGAAUAAUUAUGCAAUGUAUUACCAGUAUGUAGGUAAUGCAAAAGAUUGUGGAGAUUCCCUACCUAAGCAGAAUUACACAGCUUGGGGUAGGACAGAGUUUAUUAGGCUUCGAAUUGACCCAACCACAUUCACUGUAGAUUUAACAGACUACAGAUUUACUCGUCAAUUUGGUCCAAAUAGAGUAUGUUUUGGAUGUGCAGGUGAUAAGUUCUCUGCCAUGCCAAAAUGUCCACCAAAGGGAAGGUUUAAAAUGAGUUUCGGUGGAACACCAUUUGCUGUAAGCGAGUCCAUACAGUGGACAUGGGGUGGAACAUUUGCUGAUGGAUCGUCAAAUGGUCAACCAAAUAUACAAAAUACAUCAUAUAUUGGAUGUUUUCAAGACCAUGCUGAUAGAUUAUUACCAGUUAAAUAUUUUAGGGAUAGUGGUAUGACUGUUAAUAAGUGUAUACAACAUUGUGCAACUAAUGGCUUUGGAUACGCUGGAGUUGAGUAUGGAUCUGAAUGUAUGUGUGGUAACAGUCAUAAUAAAUAUCCUAUAACUAAAGAAGCUGCUUGUAAUAUGAAAUGUUCGAAAGAUCCUGGUCAUAGAUGUGGUGGAAAUUGGAAAAUCUCAGUUUAUUCUACUAGAACCGAUCAGGUUGUGGAAGGAACGUGUGGUGGAUACCCAGGCUAUUGUUUUCCUGCUUUUAAAUCCAAAUCCCAACAAAAGACUUUCCAAUUAACUAUUUCUAAUUCUCAACCAUGUUUAACUAAUGUUUGUAAGAAUGAAGCAAUAUGUAUUGCUUUAACAGAAGAUAAAUAUAAAUGUGCCUGUCAGUCUGGUUAUGUUGGUCCAUUAUGUGAUCAGUUACAGACUGUUGUAACUACAAGUGGGUCUGACUGUCCUACUGGUUUACAAGCUGAACAAUGUUCUUGUAAUGGUCAAUGUACUGGUGCUAGGUUUGAUGGAGAUCUAUGUGUUGUUUCAACAGGAAAGCCAAAAACAACAUGUCGAUAUGAUGAUCCAGGACAUGUAACGCUGUUUAAUAUACUUGGUAAAACAGACGCUUAUUGUCCACCAGAAACAGAAAUAGUAGGCUGUAGUUACUGGGACAGUAAAAAUAAGAAGAAAGGAAAUGGUAUGGGUGUUAUGGAUACUGACAGCAGACAUUGUUCUAUAAAAUCUUGUACAACUUGUACAGUUACAGCUAGAUGUAAAAGAUAUGAUUGUGGUUGUGAGAAUAAUGGUUUAUGUAGUAAAAUAACAGGAAGAUGUGCAUGUCCAGAUGGUUAUGAUGGUGGAACAUGUGAUAUAUUUGACUAUUGUAGUUUUUAUGAAGAUAAAUACAACAAAACUGCUUGUCGAGCUGGUGAUUGUCAGGCAGUACCAUCUAGUGAUAUUAAAGCUUUUGGUGGAGAUACUGCUGGAGAUCAUUGUAUAUUCCCCUUUACUUACAAUGAUGUAAUGUUUAGUAAAUGUGUUGAAGAUAAUGAAGUGGGUCCACCAUUUGCAUGUUCUAGUUAUUUUGAUGGUAAAGAUGAUUAUAUAGAUUUAGGAUACUGGAGUCCAGGGUCAGCUUAUUCUAUAGCUGCAUGGGUUAAACCUGAUGUUAAAGAUUCAACAAGACGGACUAUAGUUGGAGGUGUUAAAAGUUGUCGUGAUUUUGGUAUUUAUAUUCAAAAUGGUAAAUUUAUGGCGUUCUAUAAUUCGGCUUAUAACACUACCUGCAGUCAAGCUUUAAGUGGUGGAGCUUAUUCUAUUGGACAAUGGUACCUGGUUGGUGUCAGUAAUAAUGGUACUGAUAUAUCAGUAUUUGUCAAUGGGAAACUCGUCAAUACUGACCAUGUUCAACAUUAUCGAGUUACUUCCUCUACUGGUUUUAGAAUUGGAAAUUCAGUUUGCUGCCCUAAAGAAACUUUUCAAGGCUACAUAAAGGCUGUUAAGAUAUGGAAUAGACCUUUAUAUAUGAUGGAAAUGACAUAUAGUAUGAGUCCUCUAAAUGCUGUUAAUUCAACGUUGGAAGCAUUGUAUGGUGGAUUAGUAGCACAUUAUGAACUAGGUCAUGAUGUCAAUCUACCAUGUCAUGGUAUAGAUCAUGGUGGUGAUGACUGGAAGAUUAAAAACUCUCAAGAAUUAUCUGGUAUCCACUGCAAUGUGACGAGAUUCUACGUACCUCAAGGAGUGACAGCCUAUGUAAAACCGUAUGAUGGAUCAACCAAAGGAAGCUUUGAGGUUUAUGCUUUGGAUAUUCAGAUAGAUGGUGCAUUAGAUGCUAAUGCUGCAGGUUAUAAAGGUGGAGCAUCACCAAAAACAUCUGGUCAAGAUGGAAUACAGGGGGAAUCUUACAGUGGACUGGGAAGUCCUUUAACAACUGCAAAUAGAGGUGGUGGUGGUGGCGGUACAGGAGGCCACACAAAUACCAAGGGUAUGGCUAGACCAGGUGCUGGAGGUGGUUAUGCUGUAACAGGGCAGAAGCCAGUACCAAGAGCUAAGGGAGGGUCUGGGUGGCCAUCUCCAGGGGCCCCAUAUGGUAAUAAUGCACUAGCUAUUUUGUAUUUGGGCUCUGGAGGAGGAAGUGGUGGAAAUGCAAAAGUUUUAACGGCAACACCCCCAGGUGGUAGAGGAGGGAAUGGUGGAGGUAUUAUUGGACUGUAUGCUAGUCGUAAUGUUAAAAUAACAGGAAUUGUUUCUGUAAAUGGAGAAGAUGGUCAUGGUGACAUUGUGUCCAGCCCAGGUUGUCAAAGAUGUCCUCUAAUUUGUCAAGAUCAAACUCAUUGUACAGCAAGUAACAAUAAAGCAUGCUGGGAUCUGUCUGGAGCAGGAGGAGGUGGUAGUGGUGGUAGUAUUUAUAUCGCAGGUCAACUUGUAGAUAUUGGUCAUAAUCGUGUAUGGGCUGUUGGUGGUAAAGGUGGUUAUGGUGGAGCUGCUGGUUGUGGUGGAGAUGGUUCUAUAGGUCGCAUACAUGUUGAUGCUCAAACAUUUAAGGGAUACAUCGCCCAAAAUCUAAAUGGUUUCUUACACACUACUCUAACUCAGUCACAUUAUACAGAUUUAUCAAUACCGGGUCAAAAAUUAAUAUAUCCACAAACAGCUCUUUGGGGCAACGAGGUCUAUAGAGGCUGUUUUCAGGAUGAUUCCAAAAACCGACAUUUUUAUAAGCAAGUCGGUACAGCUGCUGCUGAUGCUAAAAAAAUGACACCCCAGAGUUGCAUAAAGCUUUGCAGAAAUGCUAAUUUUAAAUUUGCUGCUGUUGAAUAUGGAAGAGAAUGUUUUUGUGAUAAUGGAUUUGAUUGGUCGUUAAAGAAACCAGAUGCUGACUGUAAUAUGCCAUGUACUGGAGAUAAACUUCAGUAUUGUGGGGCAGCAAUUAGGAUGGCUAUAUAUGGACCUCAUCCUCAAACACAAACUCCAGGACAUAAUGGAGUUGUACAGAAAUGUCAGCCAUGGUGUGUAACAGCAGAUGCCGAUACCUCAGACCCUAAAUGGGGCCAAUGUGAUUUGACUAGUCAGAAGACAUCAUCAUAUAAAAUACAUUGUCAAUGUCCAGCAGGAAAGAUGGGUCCAGCAUGUAAUCAGUUUUGUCAGAAUUCAACAUGGGGUUUAAGUUGUAGAAAUAGAUGUAGUUGUAAUAUGACUACUACAGCCGAGUGUAAUGCUAUUGAUGGUUCCUGUCAUUGUAAACCAGGAUUUACUGGUGAUACAUGUCAAAAUACAUGUCAACCAGGAUUCUUUGGACAAAACUGCAAAACUCAAUGUAAUUGUAAAGAAACAGAAGAAUGUGAUCCAGUUAGUGGUACCUGUAGGUGUAAAGAUGGUUGGACUGGCACAGCAUGUAAAAUACCAUGUCCUCCAACGUUUUUUGGAAGGAACUGUAGUCAAAAGUGUAAUUGCAAUCAGGGGUCGUGUUCACCAGAAGAUGGAACAUGUGAUUGUUUUCCAGGAUAUAAACUACCGUUUUGUGCCGAGAUGUGUGAUCCGUAUAAUUAUGGUCCUAACUGUAUGUCUGAUUGUGAUUGUUCUAACCAAGGAUGUAACAGAUUAACUGGUGUAUGUAAUUGUGGAGCGGGAUUAACUGGCAGUAGAUGUGAACAGAACUGUCCUCAUGGUACAUGGGGUGAUGGAUGUAGUAAGACCUGUAAAUGUGAUAAUGAUGCUGGUUGUGAUGGGGUCACAGGUGAAUGUUCCUGUCCACCAGGGUAUGUUGGUGAGGCUUGUGAUUCAAAGUGUUCUACUGGAAGUUAUGGUCAGGAUUGUAUCCAGCAAUGCCCUUGUGUGGCCAAUCAGUCAACUGGGUGUGAUAAUGUAUUGGGAACAUGUUUAUGUAAAGCAGGUUUCCAAGGUAACCAUUGUGAGAAGCCAUGUUCUGUUGGAUUAUAUGGACCCAAUUGUGGUCUAAUAUGUUCCUGUUUGAACAAAUCACCAUGUGAUCCCGUAAGCGGUAAAUGUAAAUGUUUACCUGGGUUUUUAGGAUCUAAAUGUGAACAGCCGUGUCCCGACGGAAAAUAUGGCGUCAGCUGUACUAAGAACUGUAACUGUCAAGAUGGCACAGUCUGUAGUAAGAGAGAUGGAACUUGUAUUUGUAAGGGUGGAAAUUGUCAAUGUCCGCCAGGUUUUUAUGGUCCGAAUUGUAAAAAUGUGUGCAAAUGUCUCCAUGGUAGCUGUGAUCAGGUCAGUGGACAAUGUAACUGUUUACCUGGAUGGAUUGGAACGGUUUGUGAUCAGAAAUGUCAAGCAAAUAAAUAUGGUAAGGAUUGUUCAGGACAGUGUAAGUGUAAUACUGGUAAAUGUGAUUUUGUUGAUGGAUCGUGUAUGUGUAAUUCAGGAUUUACUGGAGAUCAGUGCACCAUAACAUGUGGGGGUUCAACAUAUGGUGUAGACUGUCAAACACCAUGUCCCGCUUGUGUUCAUGCCACAGGUUGUAGUCCUGUGAAUGGAACAUGUAUCUGUUCAGCUGGUUACCUAGGCAAACAAUGUGAUGAGCCAUGUCAGCCUGGUUUCUAUGGUGAUGGAUGUAAACAAAAAUGCAAGUGUUCAACUAAUGGAUAUUGUAAUAGUGUAAAUGGUACAUGUUAUUGUAAACCCGGUUUUAGUGGACCACAAUGUAAUACUACUUGUGCUGAUGGUAAUUGGGGACCUGGUUGUAUAAAUCAAUGUGAUUGUCCUACUCAUUCUAUUACAUGUGAUAAAUCUACAGGAUUAUGUGUCUGUAACCCAGGUUUUACUGGAGUAAAAUGUCGUCAGAGUUGUGUCCAAGGUUUAUGGGGUACAGAUUGUAGUAAUACAUGUAAAUGUAAUGGUACAACUAGUCUAUGUAGUCCAUUAGAUGGUGCUUGUCAAUGUUCACCUGGAUAUGUAGGACCUACAUGUGAUCAACCAUGUCCUGUAGGAAGCUGGGGUAAAGACUGUACACAGACAUGUUCAUGUAAUAAUAAAGGUAUCUGUGAUCAUGUGACUGGUAGAUGUGAUUGUCUACCAGGUUAUACAAAUACAACAUGUGAUACACAAUGUGAUCAGGAUGUUUUGUGGGGUAAGAAUUGUCUCAACCCAUGUAAUUGUAAUGGUCACCAUUGUGAUCAUAGAAAUGGUCUCUGUGAAUGUCCAGCAGGAAAGAAAGGAAAUCAUUGUGAACAAGAUUGUGAAUCUAAUUAUUUUGGUUUCCAGUGUUCACAAGUAUGUCAGUGUAAGAAUGGUGCUAAAUGUGAUGCUAAAUCUGGUGAAUGUGAAUGUCCUAAUGGAGUUACUGGCAAAAUUUGUGAUCAAGCAUGUCCUACUGGUAGGUAUGGUGAAGGCUGUAAAUUAACCUGUAGUUGUGCAAAUGGAGCAGCUUGUAAUCAGGCGACCGGAGCAUGUUCAUGUACUGCUGGUUUUAUGGGCACCUUUUGUAAUAUAAGUUGUAGUAAUGGGCGAUGGGGUGAGAAUUGUGCAAGCAGAUGUUCAUCAUCAUGCCCAGUUGGUUGUUUAUCUGAUACUGGUGAUUGUAAAUGUCAGGUCUGGUCAUGUUUAAAUGGUGGUACUUGUGGUCAAGAUGGACGAUGUCAGUGUGUAGAUAGAUUUAAAGAUAUGUAUUGUUCUACACCCGUUAGUGGUAGAGAUAUACAAAGUACAUCAAAUGAUUUUAGCUUUUCUUUGAGUGGUGGUGCGAUAGCAGGUAUAUCUAUUGGUAUUGUUGUGGCUAUUGUAUUAGUAGUGGUUUUGACAGCUUUUAUAAUGAAAAGGAAAUUCAUGGCCACAGCUGGUGCUGGACAGCAAGUGAAAUAUGACGGAACACAUCAGGUGGAGAUAGAUUCUGGUUUACCUGUACAAUCAAGAAAUAGUGAAGAUUAUAGGAGUGGCAGGGGUUUUGUUAACCCUUUAACUGUGGAUGACGAAGUUGCUAGUUACACUGAACUAGCAAGCAAACCAGUAUUUAACUCCAGUGAUUCAUAAUACAUGUCUUUAUAAUAUUUACCUAUAUA